AUGUCUACCAUCGUAGCCCCACACCCAUCUUCUACGCUACUCUCGGCAUUCUUUGUAGACGCUCACGACGAGCAAUACAGCCAUCCCCGCUCCGAACCGCCAAUCUCGGCUGCAUCGGCGCGAUCUCAUCAUCCUCUGGCCGUGCCCCGGACGAUGCCAGACGGCGCUCAACUUCUGGACCGCUCUUCGCACGUCGAUCAAGCGACGUUCUCGGUACCACCCUCAUCUUUGCGUACGGGCCUUCCUCCUCCCGGAUUUCUCGCCCCCGUGCCCUCUUCCUCGAGGUCAGCAGCAACAGCAACCACUGGUCCGUCCGGCCUUGCACCGGAUCAAUUCGCAUCAUCCUCUGCCUUGCCCUUCCACUCGUCGCCUCCACUGGCUCACGCUGACCGAACCGCAGUCGCCGCACCUAGACCCAUGCAGCCUUAUCCACGACUUAUGUCGCCCCAGCCCAUUGGCGAGUCUGCUGGGUUGCCAGCAAGCAAUUCAGGAGCACGCUCGCCAUCUCCGACAAGGCGCUCUUUCAAUUUUCCCAUUGGUGAUCCAGGUGAAAGGUGGAACUCCAUUGGCCAGGUCUCCAGCAGUACGACGAAUGCAGGCACAUCCAUCGCAGCACAACGCAAACCGUCAUUGCACUCGGGUCUUUCCACGUCAAGUACCGCCGCCGAACCCUUCCUCGGUUACAACGAGCUCUUUUCCCCCAAUGGCACUGCCAGCCUUGCCCCAUCAGAAGCAUCAAAGGGCGCCAAUGCAGCUGCCCUCUCCACCUCGGAUCCAAUGAACGUCGCCUUCCGAUCCGGUUCCAGCACUGAUUCUCGAACAGGUUUCACACUGUCCACCAGUCACGAGCAGGACCUCAUCUCACAUCGAUUCGGGCUGUCGCCAGGACACUAUGCAGCAGGUGGACGCGAUGACUUUCCUUCGCAGAUGGGCGCCAAUCCUCGCAGCGUAGGUCACGAUGACUUCCAAGCUCGUUCCCCCUUCGGACCCGCCGGGGGUAAUGCGAUGCUCGGCUUGCCAAAUCCAGGCAAUCUCAGUCCACGCAGCAUGAUGCAGCUGCACCACCAACACAUGCAGAUGCAGGCCCAACUCCACCAUCAACAACAACAACAACAACAACAACAACAACAACAACAACAACAACAACAACAACAACAACAGCAGCAGCAGCAGCAGCAACAAUCCUCGCACCAGCCUCCGCUCGGACCACUGCAGCAGCAGCAGCAACAGCAGUAUCACCACCAGCUCGGUCUCCAGGGUAGCAUUGGCAACGCCGCUAGCAUCGCAACUCAGGGGGGUCCACCCGAGGAGAUUACCACCGUCUUCAUCGUUGGCUUUCCAGACGACAUGACUGAGCGAGAAUUCGCCAACAUGUUCCUCUUUGCCAAGGGCUUUGAGGCCUCUACGCUCAAGAUCCCAGCUGGCCUCGGCGCCAUUGGUCCUAAUGGACGCUUGUCGGAUGGCAGUGGGCCGCUGUCGGCGGGACCGGGUGGUCCGUAUCAAGCCGUCAAUAUGCCAGGCUUCGACCUGGGAGGCAACACAGGACCCGGCUGGGACGAACAGGGCCUUUCUUUGGGUCUCGGCCGGGCAGGAGGAAGCGAUGCAUUCUCAUCCAUGGCAAGCAUGCCCGGCAUGUCCAAUUCCCUGGGUGCGCCAGGACUGGGCGCCGCGGGGUCUGUCAACAGUGCUUCGGCGGCUGCAGCCGCCGGCAAGAUAAAGCAAAUUAUCGGGUUUGCCAAAUUUCGCACUCGCGCAGAGGCGCUCGAAGCACGAGAUGCACUCAAUGGACGCAAGGUUGAUCUAGAGAAGGGCUGCGUUCUCAAGACCGAGAUGGCCAAGAAGAAUCUUCACACCAAGCAGCGUCCUGUCCUGUCUGCACCCGGAUUUGCCGAUGGCGGCAGCGCACCCAUGCCUCCGCCUCCGGGCAUGGGUGCCAUCGGUUCAGGCGCUGGAUCGACUGGCGCUGCUGCUGGUCAAUCUGUUCCUCCUCCCUUUGCUCUCGGUGGACCGUUCGAUCCACGUGCUGGUCCCCAGAUUAACGGUCCCGGUGGACAGGUUGGGCCUUUUGGACCAUUCGGCAAAGGUCCCGGCAGCUUCGAGCCGUUCAACGGGCCUACAUCGACACCAGGCGACCUUCUGUCCCCGCACGAGAUGUUUGGAGGAUCUGAUUUCUUCAGCCAGGCGGGUACUGCAGCUCUGCGUUCCUCCGGUGGAGUAGAGCAAGCAACGCGACUCACAGGACCAUCUCAGCAAGCAUCGUCGCAACAGCAACAGCAGCAGCAACAGCAAAGCGUCGCCGGCGCAGAAAAGUGGGGCGGAUCUCUGGGUCCGAUCGACUACUACGGACCCGAAAGCGGCGCUGCACCUGUGUCGGCAUCGUCGCGAGGCGCUCAAGGAGGCGGAGUAGCACCGAGCUUCAACGCACAGAACGUCCCCAGACCCGAUUGGCCUGCUGUUGGUUCUCCGCCGCCGGGACUUUACAUUACCGUAGCUGCUGCAAAUACCACAGGAGGACCACAGCGACCUGGCUUUCAAAGGCAAGUGUCUCGAAACACCUCUGCUGGAACCAUCAGUACAGAGCAGGUUGCUGCAACGCCUGGUCUGGCGACAGCGUCCGGAAGCGGGAUCAAGCCAGAGGAAGCCGUGAAAGCGGACAAUAUUCGAUCAAGCUCGACGACGUCCUCGGCGGGCCCUGAGACAACGGCUUCGGCUUCGGCUUCGGCGGUAGCAGCAGCAGCCACGACGGAUGCACAGCAACCCUCGGUGACUACGCGCUUCGGUUCGCUCAGGCUUGGGUCUCCCCCGGCUGAUGACGACGGCGUCAAGCCACCACAGCGAGCGUCGAGCCCAGAUCCGUCGAACCCCACGGGUGGCCGCAACGUGGUCGGCGACAACCAUCCUCCGGUCAACACGCUGUUUGUCGGUAAUCUGCCGAGCAACGCCUCGAGCGCCGUCCUUGCUCAGAUCGAGGAUCAUCUUCGAGGCGUGUUUGGCAGUUGCCGUGGCUUCCGACAGAUCUCGUUUCGGCUCAAAUCGAACGGACCUAUGUGCUUUGUCGAGUUCGAAGACGUGCACACCGCCUCCAAGGCCAUGUCGGAGCUCAACGGACACUCGCUCGGUGGCGCCAUCAAAAACGGCGGGAUUCGUCUGAGUUUCAGCAAGAACCCUCUGUUUCGAAUGAACUUGAACGCGGCGAUGAAUGGCGCUGGUUCCGGUGCUGGUGGUGGAAGCACCCUGAACUCUUGA